UGACGCACCGCUGCUGUUAUGUCGCUGUUAUGGAAACCACCGUCUGUAUUCAGAUAUAAAAGAAAGUGAUAGGGGGGUCAAAAGCAGGCUGUACCAGUCCGAUGUCUUAAAUUAAAAUCUUUAAAAAUAACAUCAUUCAGCAUUCUCGUGGAAUUAUAAUGAAUUCUGACCGCUUCGCACUAACGAUUGACGAAUACUUAGCCGAGAAAGACGUGAUGUUCUACCUUGAGGACGCGAUCACUCAACUGCUGGAGCACAAGGAGGAAUACGUCCAGUUUGGGGUCAGCCGCUAUCUCGCAGAAUAUUUUAACAGUGUCCGCCAUGGAAGCCACGUCCUCUUCAGGGAGUUCGGCUAUAUCAAGGCCACCCCCCAUAACAGGGCCUCCUUCAUCCGCAUCUUCUGGAAGUGUUACAGGCAGAUUGGCAAGAAUGGAGUCCUUUUGUCCACGCUGGAGUACAGCUCACUGCUGCAGCUGAUCUGCCCGGACUUUCCAGUGGAAGUUGCGCAAGGUGCGGCAAGGAUGGUGCUGCUGGACGAUGCUUUGGACUGCCCCAUGACCUUCGCCGAUUUCCUGCACGCCCUCCAGAUCCAGCUGUACUUUGAAGAGUUCAUAGAGAGUAUCACGGUGAUUUACCAGGACCUGCUGUCCGGGAAGAGCCCCAACACUGUGAUUGUCCCCACGUCGACUUCAGUGGAACAGCUCCCCCCGCUGGCCACCAGUGAGACUGCAGCCCAGGAGGGAGUGGAUGCUUCAGCCUUCCAGGAUGCAGUAGAAGCGGCCUGUGAGAGAUACAAGCAUAGCCACCCGCCUGCUCCUGCCGUCGGGGAGAUCCUGCAGCAGGACGAGCGGGUCACCCUGUACGGCUUCCUCACGGCCCUCGCUAAACAUGAGGGUAUCAGUAAAGAGAUCGGUUCCUUGCCGAGCAGAGCCGACCUGCUGAUAGACCCGGAGAUGGACCAGGAGCUGGAGAGGCUCAUUGCCCAGAUCUCAGUCAGCCCCACAUCUAGCUGCAGUCAGGCGGCUGCCCAGCGGGACUCCGGGAGAAAGGCGUCACCCCGCAAAUCUCUGCACCACCGCAAGAGGAUCGAGAUGGAGAGCGACGGCUCCACGGAGGAGACCGACUCCUCGGAGAACUAGGAAGGCAGGGGACGCGGCCUGCACACGGACUGGCUCACAGACUCCUGAGUAAUAAUCAGAAUGACUUCACAGCCACAGAGAGACCCCCUUCUUUUUUGACUAAACCUGGCCUACAUUAUUCAAAGAGAAAGUGCUUUAUUUCAGUAUAGUAUUAAAUCCAAACCAACUCACUUAUUGGUUGGUCAGCUGAUUGGUUGAGUGAAUUUCUCCCUGUUGUUUUUAUAAAAUAUAAGUACCAGGACUGGUUAGGAAACCCCUUUUAAAAAGGGAUCUGAUUUUUCAUAACAUUUAUCAUUCGAUGAAAAGUGAAUGUUCAUUAUAGGGUCCCCUGUAACGUUAGCCUGCUACUGUCGUAAGUGUGGAAAGGAAAAUAUCAUAUAAUAACAUUUAAAUUUAUUUGGUGCCCACAGGACAGGAACAGCAGCUAACAGAUGGUAUCCUAUCCUUAUGACCCCAAGAUGCCCGGGGUUUCAGGAGUUGCUACAUUGGGCAACAGUCUACUUGAUGGGACACAAACAAUGUAGUAUUACACUCUUACUUGCUGUUUAAAUUAACCAGAACUAAGUGUUAGUUACGUAAUGAUCCCAUGUUUGUUCAUUCAUUAUUAUUAAUCAAUCAUAACAGUUUAUGUUUUUCAUGCAGUUACUAUAUUUGUUCAUGAUUUGUACUUGAGUUGUAACUGAGUUCCAAAGUUACAUGUGCUCCCUCAAGUAUAUGCAUAAUAUCCUAUAUCGUUGCAUUCUUCUUGUGAUUGACACAUUAAUUCGCUAGUUUCUUAAUGACUAGCUUCAGCCAUUAUGACAAUUUGAAUAAAAUUGUGACAGUCUGCCCCUAGUGGCAGAUCCCUUAUUCAA